UAAAUAAAAAAAACAUUCAGACAAUGUGUUGACGUACAAAAGUCGAUGAAUAUGGUGUGCUACUAAUAUGGGAAUGGAUUUAGCAAAAACCUACUUGAGGAAUUCUGAGGGUUUUCCCUGCUGUUUCCGUAAUCCGGAACUUCCCUUGGAUAGUUUAGUGUGUCCGUUUCAGGACAUGCGCAAUGGCUCGGAGCUUCCGGCAGCUGCAUUGUAACGGAUGAAGGAGAUGGGGUUGCCCCGAAAGGAGGUGGAAAAACAGGAGGCGAAAAAAACAAUGUAAGAAAAUGCACACGUGCGAAAAUGCUGCUCAAAAAAUAUGUGAAAACGCGACGUAAGGUCAAGAUUCUGCUCCUGUUUGCCAUCAUCGGCUUGCUGGUCAUCACCAUCAUAGUGCUUGGCUCCACUGGACGCAAUGCGGCCAUCGAAUUGCUGCUGGACGAGCGAUUCAUUGCCCGUGCCUACAGGCCCGGUGGGGGGGAACAGACGCCGGAGAAGCCAGCAGUGGUGGCGGCGGCCGUGUCCCUACUUCAGCCGCAAAGGGACCGCGGAGGAGUGAUUGUGCCCGAGAAGUAUGAUGAGCAGAAGAUCAAGGCGCGCAUCAUCCAGAGCAAGAUGGAUCUGAUGAAGCAGCAGCAGCAAAGGGACCAUGAGGCAGAGCAAGCGUCAAGGACCACCUUGGAUGUGGUGACCACAGCUGUGCACAUUUUCUACACUGCCCCCGUGCCCUGGUACAAGUCCAAGAAGCCACCUCCGCCGCCUGCCGAGCACCCGAACGAUGUGCCCCUUACCACGCCGCGACCAGUCAGAAUCCUCAACACAGCCUUCUAUCCAGCUCUGGGUCUGUACAAGCCCAGUAACUCCCUGCUGGCCCAGCACUUUGAGAACAUACGAAGCUGUGGCGUGGGAGUGCUCAUCCUUAGCUUCACAGGCGGCAAGGCAACUGAGGCGGCGCUAAUACAUCAGAUACUGGAACUGGCGCCGCAGCACAAUCUCAGCGUGACCUUCGAACUGAGUGCUGCAGGCAACCAGAGCGUGGAGUUUGUGCGUCAACAGCUGCAGGAGAUUGCCUCGUAUGCUAGUCUUCCCGGCUUCUACAGGGUGUGGAGUCAGUCGAGAGGUGUCGCCCUGCCAGUGCUCUAUGUGAGCAAUGCCUACAAAUUGAGUGAUAGCCUGGGCAGGCUGCUGUGCCGAACGCCUUCGCUGGUGGAGCCAGACGGAUUGCGAAGGAUUCUGGAUGCCUUCUUCAUUGGACACAUAAGACUCAAGAGUCAUGCAGAUGUCCUGCGUCGGUUGUGUUUCGAUGGCUUCUACAGUAAGCUGCCCAGCAAUGGCGCUGUCUUUGCCAGCACCUGGAAGAACUGGUCUUAUCUGAAGUCGUUUGCUUUAUCCUACAAGAUGCUAUUUGUGCCGACAGUGGGUCCAGGAUUUGCGGAGAGAAACAAGUUUCCGCGACAUGGCGACAUACAGAGGCAUCGCAGCAAUGGAAGGUACUAUGGAGUAGCUUGGCGAACGGCCAUCCUGAACCAUGUGGGCUUCAUAAACAUUGCCAGCUACAACAACUGGCCCGAUGGCAGUCAAAUCGAGGAGGUUAUGCCGCGUGCCGGUUUCCUGGACUAUAAUCCCGGCUCCCGAACCAAGUAUCUCGAUCUCACGGCCCACUGGGUGGGUAAUUUUCUGAAGACGCGCCAGGAGGCGGCGGCAGCCGCUGCACCGGCCUCGCCCCAGAACUGCUACGAGCUGCUGAAUGGGACUAUAUGCUAGGCGGCGGAACUUCCAAAAAACGGAGAAAAUAAUCCUAGUUACUUUAGAGAAGCAAUAGCAACAAUUGCAGGCCACAUACACAAUUACUUUCUACGGUUAACGAGAGUCUUCUGCUACACAUAUAUAUACACUACCUAUAUAUUAUAUAGACGCAUAUAUAUAUAUCGUUUUUUGAUAGUGAUAUUUUAUAAAAAUUCCGAAUAAUUCGAAAAAUCAAGGGAAUGAUUUUGAUAAUCAUCAUAGCGUCGGGGUUUCUUUGCAGAAAAUUCAAAAAAGUGUUGGAAGAAAGUAACGAGCUUUUCAAUUUCCUGCCAAAAAACCCCCGACGAAAUCUAAAAUAAAAACGCAAAGAAAGCAAUUAAAAUUGAUAUCAAUUAAAUGAGUAAUUCUAGAGCCAGACGUACUUUUUUUUAUUAAAUCUAUAAUACUACUUAGCUUUCAAUUAUUGUAGGACAUAUAGAGGAGAACAAUAUAUCAUAACUUAAUGCCAUGCCAUAUUAUGUAGACACCAAAGGAAAUUAUCGUAUGUUAUAACGGAUAUAAACUAAACUUAAACUUAAACUUACACACUUGUUGAACGAUUGGUACUUGAACAAAUUUUAACUUUAUUACCAUGAAUAAUAUAUGAAUGAAUCAUUUAUCUAAGCUUUAAUAGUUUAGUGCCAAAAAACAUGGCAAA